GCUACACACCAAGAAAGGCCACCAUGAACAAUCAAGAGGCUACCGCAUACCUCGAGCAAUUGAUUGGCAGGAGCCUGAGGUUAUAUACGAGUGAUAGCCGCAUCUUUGUGGGUCAGAUGAAGUGUACAGACAAGGACCGCAACAUCAUUCUCGCUCUCACAUACGAAUAUCGGCAACCCUCAGAAGCUACUAUAAGAAAGACGGUCGAAUCCUCCGGCAAUCCCUCCGCCCAAGUGCCUUUGAUGAGCAGAUAUGUCGGCCUUGUCGUGGUACCAGGCCAGUACAUCACCCGAAUCGAAUACGAAGAGAGCCAGUUCAGUCAAGGCACGGUUGUCCCAUGAUUCCGUAUGAGGCACAUUGUUGUUGGUGUACGAUUUGCAUUGGCGUGUAUGGUAUUGUUCGCAUUGCGUCGACCUUUAUGCUCAAGUAGCCUCGACACUCACGCCACGACAUCGAGCUAUGAUACAGCCAAGGAGAAAAGCACAGGCUUCCCGGUAUUUACAAAAACCUCUGCCGGAAAUUCAGAGCGCCCAAUUGUCCCUUCUGUCGUGUGAUGUCGUUGAUGUCCACAUCCUGAGCUCCGGGAUCCGCUUGCCACCCCCAUCUUCUUUGUCAUUGUCCUGACCACCGACUAUGACUUGGGAAUGAUAUUGCCUUGCUCAAAUAGGUAUCCGCGGACCUUGGACUCCUUGAGGAGCUCGAAGUAUCGUUCUACAGCGUGAUAGUUAGCACCAACACAUCAAAUAUUGGCCAUUCGUUC